AUCCUCACAACAACUCUAUGAGGCAAGUACUGUUUUCAUCUCUAUUUUAGAGAUGAGGAAGCCAUGGCCAGAGAAGUAACUUGCCUGUGGUCAUGCAGCUAAGAAGGGGCAGAACAGGCAUUAUGAACGGAAGCAGUCUGAGGCUAAAGAACAUGCUCUUAACCACUAUGCUGUGUUGCUUGCCCGUUGAGAAUGAUUGUGAUUCUAGCUUGGGUGUUUAUGAUGACAAUUUGCUGCUUACAAAGUACUUUACUUGCGUUCUCUGAGAUCUGUACAGGAACACAAGUUCCAUUCAAAGCUCCAUCUAGAGAUCACUGCAAGGUGGAAGAUAUUCAGGUAGCCUGAGGUGGAGAAACUGGCAUGCCAGGCAUGGGCAUUUCAGAUACACUGAUUUCUCUCCCUUUUUAUUGCCUUCAAAGUUAGUGUAGGGAAAGUCGCAGCUCUAAUAUGAUGGCUCACAAUUGUCAGGUAGACUCUUGGUCUCUUUAUACUUCUGAUUUCUAGACUAGACUGAUAGUAAACGUGACUGUUCAUUUUACCAAAAAAAGAGGGAAGGUUCCAUUUUAUCCGCUUUAGUACACUGCUUCAUUACCAACCUCUACAAAUUUGUAUUGACACCUUCCUGUUAGUCAAAGAACUGUGCAGAUUGAUGGAAUACAGAGAGCUCUAGGAUAUUAUUUGUUAAGAUUCUAAUAACUGUGUGAGGAAGACAUAUCCAGAAAAAGUAAAUAGCUACAUAAAUUGUUCUAUUACCAAGAUAUUUGGAUGUCUCAAUGAAGAGGUGAUCACUGUUCGAUGGAGAAGACAGAGAAAACCUCCUAGAGAAUAUGGAAUUCAAGCUGAGCCUUAGAAGUGUCUUUACUUCAGUGGAGAAAAGAGUGAGGGCAAAGCUCAUGAACAAAAGAUAAUACGUUUCUGAAUGUUACCACCAAAGAACAUGAUUUUGAUCUAGGGGCUCCAGUUUCUGAAGCUGAAAAACACCAGAAUAUUCUCCAACUAGAACAAGAAGUGAGAAAUCAAGACAAAUUCAUUUCUUCACUGAAGUUACAGGCAUUUGGAUACCUUCGUGAUAGAAAAGGCCCUUUUCUUCAUCCAUUGAUGGUUUGAUAGUGGGCUAGGAAAGAAAGCUGUGGUCCUCCGCAUAAGUCAGCAGAUACUUGAUUGAUUUGGUAUUUAGCUUAGUCAAAUUGAAGAUCUCAAACAGACAAAUCAUGGCUUGGAAGAAUGUGUUAGGAAACUCUUGGAUGGUAAGGAGGUGGUAAGCAGUCAAAUAGAGGAUUUAACCAGCCACAAUGAGCAUCUUUGUCAAGAACUGAUUAAAAUUGACCAACUAGCAGAGCAACUAGAAAAAGAGAAAAAGUCUGUGGUGGAUACUGCCAACAAGGAACUUGAAGAAGCAAAGAUUGAACUCAUUUGCCAGCAAAAUAAUAUAAUAGUAUUGGAAGAUACAAUAAAAAGACUCAGAUCUAUAAUUUUAGAGACUGAAAAAGCACAAAAUAAAUCUCCUUCCAGACUUGAUUCCUUUGUCAAAACUUUAGAAGCAGACAGAGAAUACUACAAGAGAGAAGCUCAAAAUUUGAGAAAGAUGAUCAGAAGUAGAUCUAAAAGCCCAAGACGCCCAUCUCCAUCUUCCCGGGGUACAAAGUGUGAUGUAGAGCUUUUGAAGACAACAAGAGACCGUGAAGAGCUCAAAUGCAUGCUGGAAAAAUAUGAGCGUCAUUUGGCAGAAAUUCAGGGUAAUGUCAAGGUUCUCACAUCUGAGAGAGACAAGAGCUUUUUUCUGUAUGAGCAGGCACAGGAAGAAAUUGCCCGACUUCGACGAGAAAUGAUGAAAAGCUGUAAAUCUCCUAAAUCAACAACAGCUCAUGCCAUCCUCCGGCGGGUGGAGACUGAGAGAGAUGUGGCCUUCACUGAUUUACGAAGAAUGACCACAGAACGAGAUAGUCUAAGGGAAAGGCUGAAGAUUGCCCAAGAGACAGCAUUUAAUGAGAAGGCUCACUUGGAACAAAGGAUAGAGGAGCUGGAGUGUACAGUUCAUAAUCUCGAUGAUGAACGUAUGGAACAAAUGUCAAAUAUGACUUUGAUGAAGGAAACCAUAACCACUGUGGAAAAAGAAAUGAAAUCACUAGCAAGAAAGGCAAUGGAUACCGAAAGUGAACUUGGCAGACAAAAAGUAGAGAAUAAUUCUUUGAGACUUUUAUAUGAAAACACAGAAAAAGAUCUUUCUGAUACUCAACGAUACCUUGCUAAGAAAAAAUAUGAGCUACAGCUUACUCAGGAGAAAAUUAUGUGCUUGGAUGAAAAAAUUGAUAAUUUUACAAGACAAAGUAUUGCCCAGCGAGAAGAAAUCAGCAUUCUCGGUGCAACCCUCAAUGAUCUGGCUAAAGAAAAGGAAUGCCUGCAAGCAUGUUUGGAUAAAAAAUCUGAGAAUAUUGCAUCCCUUGGAGAGAGUUUGGCAAUGAAAGAAAAGACCAUUUCAGGCAUGAAGAAUAUCAUUGCUGAGAUGGAACAGGCAUCAAGACAGUCUACUGAAGCCCUAAUUAUGUGUGAACAAGACAUUUCCAGAAUGCGUCGGCAAUUGGAUGAAACAAAUGAUGAGCUGUCUCAAAUUGCCAAGGAAAGGGAUAUCUUGGCUCAUGAGAAUGACAGUCUCCAAGAACAGUUUUCUAAAGCUAAACAAGAAAACCAGGCACUGUCUAAAAAACUGAAUGAUACUCAUAAUGAGCUUAAUGACAUUAAACAGAAGGUUCAAGACACUAAUUUGGAGGUUAAUAAACUGAAGAAUAUAUUACAGUCCGAAGAAUCUGAGAACCGGCAAAUGAUGGACCAACUCCGAAAAGCCAGUGAAGAUGCUGAAAACUGGGAAAAUAAGUGCCGUCAAGCAGAGGCAGAUAACAGUACCCUCAAAUUAGAACUUAUCACUGCUGAGGCAGAGGGUAACAGAUUAAAAGAAAAGGUAGAUGCCCUCAACAGAGAGGUCGAGCAGCACUUAAAUGCAGAACGGUCUUACAAGUCCCAGAUUGCUACUUUACAUAAGUCUGUUGUAAAGAUGGAAGAGGAGCUUCAGAAGGUUCAGUUUGAAAAAGUGUCUGCCCUUGCAGACUUGUCUUCCACAAGGGAACUUUGCAUUAAACUUGACUCAAGCAAAGAACUUCUUAAUCGACAGCUGAUUGCUAAAGAUCAAGAAAUAGAAAUGAUGGAGAAUGAGUUGGAUUCUGCUCGUUCUGAAAUAGAACUCCUCAGGAGUCAGAUGACAAAUGAGAGAAUCUCCAUGCAGAAUCUAGAAGCUUUGCUGGUGGCCAAUCGAGACAAAGAAUAUCAGUCUCAGAUAGCACUUCAAGAAAAAGAAUCUGAAAUUCAGCUUCUUAAAGAACACCUUUGUUUGGCAGAAAGUAAAAUGGCCAUCCAGAGUAGAGAUGUGGCCCAGUUCAGGAACGCCAUAACGCAGUUGGAAGCUGAUUUAGACAUUACCAAGAGACAACUAGGGACAGAGCGCUUUGAAAGGGAAAGAGCUGUGCAAGAACUUCGCCGCCAGAAUUACUCAAGUAAUGCUUAUCAUUUGAGUUCCACAAUAAAGCCAAAUACAAAAUGUCACUCACCAGAACGUUCUCACCAUCGAUCUCCUGACCGAGGCCUGGAUCGAUCAGUAGAAGAGAAUCUUUGCUAUAGAGAUUUCUGACACGUGAAAAGAUUCUUCAUAUCCUUGGGAGAGGUCAAAGUUUCAAACUGAUUUUUUUCUUGCUAUAUGAUUGCAUUUAUCUUUUGAAUGCUUGACAAUGUUAAAUGAAUUUAUUAAUGUUGUGCCUCUGAAUCUCUGUUUUCAUGUGCCAUAUCGCAGUGAUCUGAGAUGACUUGUAAAAAACAAAAAUGCAUAUGUCUCUUUCUAUCCAUACAGUAAUAGUGAGUGUAAAACCUGCUUACUUCACUAUUGAACACUGUUAUGUUAACUCUCCGGAGUAAAUAAAGAAGAUUAUAAAAAGGGGGAAAAGCGUUUUUACAAAACUGAUUUUUUCUUUGUGAUUUAUGCUUUCAUGGCUGGACAAGUUGUGCCACAAUAGGUGCAGUGUACCAAUACUGGCCUGGGACCCCAUAUUCCAUUUUGGAACCAACGUGACAUUAACUCUAGGCCAUAAUCUAACUUCAAAGCAGUAGAUAGUACGAGUGUGUCAGGGUUUUUAAAUACAUAGUGUUGUACCACUAAUUAACAUACAUUUUCUACAAUUGUUUACCCUUACUAUUUUUAGAAAGGUAGGUGAUGCUAUAUCUGUCAAGAAUGUAAAAAUUUUUUAAAAGUCUGUAUUUUUAAUAUGUUUUUCUUUAAAAUAUUAAAAUACUGCAGUCAA